AUGUUUAGAUUUCUGAUUUCAAAAGUUAUUGGAAAAGAGAAGACUACUACAUUUUUUAUCAAAAAUACUAUAUCUAUAAGAUCACUUCUUAGGUGGAAAAGAAUUAGAGCAAGUCUUGAUUUUUUGAUUUAAGAAAAAUAAAUUUCUCUAAAUUUAAAAAGUAAAAAAAGUACAAUAGAAAAAAGUAGGUAUGAGAAAAAGUCAACCAAUUUAAAAACCUAGAAUCAUCGAAAUUCAGAGGGUUUUUCUCAAAAUUCAACAUUGUCUCCAAUCAAAUAGAAUAAAUAGUUCUUUAAUCAAAAUAAUAAAUAAGAUAAAUAACUAUUAUUUAACAAUUCUUAAAUAACACCGAAUAAAACAAUAGAUUUAUCUAAUGUAAUAAAUGUGAAAAAAAAAAAUUCUAUUGAAAAUGUAUUAUUCCCAUAAUAAGAUGAGCUCUUAGAGCAAUAAGAUAUUGAAAACGACUAAGAUGUCUCUUCAAAUGAUUAAGAAAAUGCUGAUUAGUUUUAAGAAGAUGUAGCUUCAAAAUAUGGGGUUAUUUAGUCAACAUUUCAUGAUGGAGUUUUUGAAAAAUAAAAUAAAAAAAUACUUUAAUCAUAAAAAUGA